CUCAGCUUCCUUCAACCAAAUAUGAAAACUCAAUGGGGUCAUCCAAAAACGUAAUAAAUGAGCCCGUUGACAUGGAGGAAGGCUAUAACAUGAUGGCUUCUUUCCAGCGCUCUAAUAGCCAUGAUAAAGUGAGGAAAAUAGUUGCAGAAGAGGGACGUACAGCAAGGAACCUAAUCGCAUGGAGUGUUCCACUGGAAAACAAAGAUGAUGAUGGAAAAUCCAAAUGGCAAGCUGGCGGAAAAACAAAGAGGGUGACUCAAGGAACACACAAGACUGCAAAACAGAACACUACCAUAGACUGUAAAUUAACUGCAGCAGCUGGAGAUAAAAACUUUGACAAAAGCCCAACAAAAACAAGACAGCCUCGAAAAGUUGAUCUGCGAGCUCGAUACUGGGCAUUUCUUUUUGACAAUCUUAGACGGGCAGUUGAUGAAAUCUAUGUUACAUGUGAAUCGGAUCAGAGUGUAGUAGAAUGCAAGGAAGUCCUGAUGAUGCUUGAUAACUAUGUAAGGGACUUCAAAGCGCUGAUUGACUGGAUACAGCUACAGGAGAAACUAGAAAAGGCUGAUGCUCAAAGCAGACCUACUUCACUAGCCUGGGAAGUAAAGAAGAUGUCUCCCGGACGCCAUGUGAUACCAAGUCCCUCAACAGAUAGAAUUAAUGUGACGUCAAAUGCUCGAAGAAGUUUAAAUUUUGGGAACCCAUCAGUGACGAUUUCUGCAACACGCCUGGCUCCUUCUGGUGUAAGUUGGGCUGAUAAGGUAAAAGCCAACCAUGGAACUAAAGCUGCUAAUCCUGAGCUAGCAACACCGCCAACCUGCCUGCCAACUCCAGCACAGAAGUCAUCACGAAAAAAUGAUCGAAAGGAUGCAGAGGGCUGGGAAACAGUUCAGCGUGGAAGGCCUGUUCGAUCUCGAUCCAUGGCUUUGUCAACAAAACCUGUAGUUGCAGAAUCACUGAAGCCCAGAGGUGACAGUGACAAAGAAAAUGUCAUUUCGCCACCAUCGGAGAGUAAGAGUAGAAGUUCAGUCUCUGACGAUGGUGCAUCCAAAAGCACAGAGCUUGCACAGAAAGACCCCUUACAUCAGUCUGAACAUCCUCUUACUGAGAGGACUCAGUUCACAGCACACACAUCAGAAGAUACGGGGUGCACUGGCACACUCUCGCAAGAAGAUUCCUUACAAACAGUUUCUGAGGUGCCUCCAGUUCUCACAAAUACUGACAGUACUUCAGCGACUCCCCAGAUGAAUGAAGCUUCCUCUGUGAUCCCUGAUGACGUAGACCAACUUCAGACAGAAAAAGCUAGAACUGAAACUGAAAUGGAUCCCUCAGAUAUUUCAAAUGUGAGUGCUGCCAGAUGGUCUAUGGCAGAAGUCCUUGCUAAGAAAGAAGAGUUGGCAGAUCGCCUGGAAAAGGCAAAUGAAGAAGCUAUUGCUAGUGCUAUUGCAGAAGAAGAGCAAUUAACUAGAGAGAUUGAAGCAGAGGAAAACAAUGACAUUAAUAUUGAGACUGACAAUGAUAGUGAUUUCUCUGCUAGUAUGGGCAAUGGAAGCAUAUCUUUUUGCGGUAUGUCUAUGGAUUGGAAUGAUGUCUUGGCAGAUUAUGAAGCCCGGGAGUCAUGGCGCCAGAGUAAUUCUUGGGGAGACAGAGUGGAAGAAGAGCCUGCACGUCCACCUGGCCAUGGAAUACACAUGCACGAGAAACUGUCGUCACCAUCACGCAAAAGAACAAUAGCAGAAUCCAAAAAGAAACAUGAAGAGAAACAGAUGAAAGCUCAACAGCUGAGAGAAAAGUUACGUGAAGAAAAGACGCUGAAGCUUCAAAAAUUAAUGGAAAGGGAGAAAGAUGUACGGAAAUGGAAAGAAGAGUUAUUAGAUCAAAGACGCAGGAUGAUGGAGGAAAAAUUACUCCAUGCAGAGUUUAAACGUGAAGUGCAGCUACAAGCAAUUGUGAAAAAAGCACAAGAGGAAGAAGCUAAGGUAAAUGAAAUCGCAUUUAUAAACACCUUGGAAGCUCAGAACAAACGUCAUGAUGUGCUGAAUAAAUUAAAAGAAUAUGAACAACGUUUAAAUGAAUUGCAAGAAGAGCGUCAAAGAAGGCAAGAGGAAAAGCAAGCACGUGAUGAAGCUGUUCAGGAGCGCAAAAGAGCCCUGGAAGCAGAACGGCAGGCCCGAGUUGAAGAGCUGCUGAUGAAGAGGAAAGAACAAGAAGCACGGAUUGAGCAGCAGAGGCAAGAGAAAGAAAAAGCACGGGAAGAUGCAGCACGGGAAAGAGCAAGAGAUCGAGAAGAGAGGUUGGCAGCUCUUACUGCAGCUCAACAAGAAGCCAUGGAAGAACUGCAGAAGAAGAUUCAGCUGAAGCAUGAUGAAAGUAUUAGAAGACACAUGGAACAAAUUGAACAAAGAAAAGAGAAAGCAGCUGAAUUAAGCAGUGGAAGACAUGCUAAUACUGAUUAUGCUCCUAAACUUACACCAUAUGAACGAAAAAAACAGUGCUCAUUAUGCAGUGUAAUGAUUUCAUCGGAAGUAUACCUAUUUAGCCACAUUAAAGGGAAAAAACACCAACAAGCUGUGAGAGAAAACAGUAGCAUACAAGGACGGGAGCUUUCAGAUGAAGAAGUGGAGCACCUGUCAUUGAAAAAAUACAUUGUGGAUAUUGUGAUUGAGAGUUCUCUUCCUGUGGAACCACUGAAAGAAGGAGAGGAAAAACAAAAAAAUAAAAAGAAAGCCAAAAAGUUAAAAGCACGGAUGAACUCCAGGGCAAAGGAAUAUGAGAGUUUGAUGGAAGCAAAAAAUGCCGUCUCCGAUUCCCCAUUUAAAGCCAAGUUACAGCGAUUAGCAAAAGACCUUUUCAAGCACCUCCAGAUGCAGGAUAGCGGUUUGUUGGCAAACAACAAGGUUUCUGCUCUGGACCGGACUUUAGGAGAGAUCUCUCGUAUUCUGGAAAAAGAGAACACAGCAGAUCAAAUAGCAUUUCGGGCUGCAGGAGGACUGACGGCUCUUGAACAUGUUCUUCAAGCAGUUACUUCUCCCACCAACCUGAAUGCAAUUUCACGGGUUCCUUUUAAGUCACUCUGCAAUACGGUAAAUGCUUAUGGCCUCACCUGUAGUAAUUGCACAGAAAACUGCACCUAUAUUCUUUUCAGUAAUAAGAUCACUUUUCUAAUGGACCUAUUGAUGCACCAGUUGACGGUUAAUGUUCCAGAUGACCAUAAUGCUACUUCAGGAAGAAGUGCAAAUAAGCAGGUGUUCGAAGGUCUAACAACAGGACUUCUGAGGAUAACUGCCAUGAUUUUCAGAUGCCUAAUCUCCAGCUUCCCAGAUGGGAACAACUACUCUACAGCACUGAAGAUAAUACAGGAAGUGAAGAGCAAAUCCUCACAAGUGGAAGCAUUCAACAGCAGAGUCCAAGACCUGAUCAGUUAUGUGGUGAACAUAGGAUUGAUAGACAAGUUGUGUUGCUGUUUCCUCUCCGUUCAAGGCCCCAUUGAUGAGAAUCCAAAAAUAGCAACUUUUCUACAAAAUGCCACAGCAGUGUUGCAUGGAAUAUGUCAACUGUGUUUUGCUGUCAAUGGAAGAUCUUGGAACAUAUUUGAUAAUACACGUCAGGAUCCCACAGGACUAACAGCAGUUCUUCAGUCUACGGAUCUGGUUGGAGUCUUGCAUAUGCUGUACUGUGUUCUUUUCCAUGGGACCAUUUCAGAUCCAAACACAGCAAGUCCUAAAGACAGCUAUGCAGAGAACACAAUCCAGGUUGCCAUUCAGAGUUUACGUUUCUUCAAUAGUUUUGCUGUUCUUGAUCUACCCGCUUUUCAGUCUAUUGUGGGUGCCGAAGGACUGUCCCUUGCAUUCCGCCAUAUUACCAGCUCUUUGCUGUGGUACUGUUCUCAGCAUACCUGUGAAAGAUUGCUGCAUGAAGUCAUUAUUUGUGUGGGCUAUUUUACUGUAAACAACACAGAUAAUCAGGCUUCAAAUCAAGAAUUCUUCAUUUUCAUCAGUGGAGUUGGAGUUCCACCUCUAAAUGAGUAGAGGGUCAUGCCUAGAACACUAGCUUGAAGUUCCAAGUGGUGCAUCCUUAAAGUUGAAGAUCUUAUCUAAAUGAGAAGAUGAUUCUUGGAAAAAUAAUGCAGGGCUGCAAGGUCCAGUUCUGAUCGUUUCAGUGUUCAGAACCAUACUUAAGGAACUGAGACAUGGUAGAUUUUUUUUUUUUAAGCUUAUACAUGUAUUUCACAAUACAUUUGAUAUAUAAUAAUAUUCUUCUCUGAUAAAAAUAAAUAAAUAAUUAUUCCAACACUUAAACAUGUAAAUCCACCAUUACAUUAUUUUGGAAGCUAUAAAGCUUAACUUUUUCUAGAAAGUAAUGUUACCCUUGAAUUUAACAAGAUAUUUAAGUAUGUGCUUGACAUUAAGCAUGAGAACAACCUCACGUGUUUAAAUGUUUAUUUUAUUGUCAUUAUGUUAAAUGCUAAAAUUCCAUUGUUUUUAAAGUAAAGCUCUUCCUUACUACUCUUCCUGGUUUGGCUGUUAGGUAACCAGUUUAUCCUGUAGCCUGGGCAUGUGCUGAGUUCACAGGUAGCCUCAGAAAUUAUUGGAAUCAUUUCCAUUCUCUUCUCAUCUUUUAGUCAAGCUGAUAUUUUAAAUUUAUUUAUUGAUGAAUUUAAUCUCUAUAAUCUUUGUUCUUUUAUCUAAGGUACCUUGUUGGUUAUCAUUUUGAGUGACAUUUUUUUCAAGAGUUUCACACCAAGAACUUCUUCAUCUCAGUUUCUCACUAGUGUCACUGUUGAUAGACAUUUUUACAUUUUUAAACAUAUCACUGUACUUAUAUUUGCUGUUAUCCUAUCUGCAUGUUUAAAGAACUUUGGAUGAUUCUACAAAAACUGCUCGGAUAUUUUUUUCUUCUCUUAUGCAUGCCCAGAGCACCACAAAGCACUGUGCUCUUAAACCAUAGAGCUAGCUCUGAAAGGACACCACUCAUAAUGUGGUUUAUAGGAAGACAAAUGCUAUUUCUGAACUCUGUUAUCUGCCCAACUUCUCUCGGAAAGCUUGUGUGUGCUGUUAAGAAAAUAAACACUGAAAUAUUUCAAAUAGACCAAAUUCUUAUUUUUAAAUUUGAAUGUAGCAUUUUGGAACAUUGGUUUUGCGUAGAAAUGGCGCUCUGGUUCCUGAUAAAUGUUAGAAGGAGUUUAGAACAUUCUUUGCUCAGAGCCUUGCCAAUAGCAGAGUUUGCAAAAUGGAAAGAAAAGAGCUUGACCUUAAAACAGAAGAAGAGCCUAAGUGGUGACAUAUUCCGCUGAUUAAAUACUAGCAGUAUGGGAUCUGUUUAUAUAGAAGCAAAGAAAUAAUGCAGAUCUAACUUUGAAGAGAAACUCUGGGCUACUAAUAUAAAGACUUAUUUCUUUUACAAAGUUAUAAAUAACCUGACAUCAAACAAAAGCAUUUAACCGUUUGAUGUAUUCUCUGUAGUUACAGAGUCGAUGCACAACAUUUCAGCUCUUGUUCAAUAAAGCGAUUAGUUGUUUGUGCCAAUUAGAACUGACUUUGAUAGAAAUUAUAAAUAGAAAAGAAACAUUAAUAGUUCCCAUACCAACAGUACAGUUUUAAGAGCCAAGUGUUUACAAUGGCCAUGUCCAAGUUGAGAACUGUAGGUCAUGCAAGAUUGUGGAAGUGCCAGGGGGUGCCCCUUAGAGAACCAUUAGCCUUGUAGUCCACAUUGUUCGGAGAAUAUUGUGUCUGAACCUGAAAUAGGUUACAGCAGAAGACCACAGUCAAAGUGGACAUUUUAAUGCUUUGCUUCAUUUAAAAAAAAAAAAAAAAAAAAAAAAGCUUGCAGUGACAGUGACUGUUAUUUGUUACUAAGAGACUAUGGAAUACAGUUCUUCAUUAGGAGUGUUUUCUCUGCAAGAGCUGAGGAAGCCAUCACUUCAGGAAAUUUUAUACUUAACUUUAAGAUUCAAGCCAGUUCUCCUGUUUCCAAUUACACGUUGCUGUGAUAAUUUCAUCUCACUUUACAUUUGAUGCAAGAGCUACAACUUCUAAUGCUGAAAAAAAAAUACUGAAAAAUGCCAGCAACCUUUGAGGAAACAAUAAAUGGCAAAAACUCUUACAAAUUUUAGACAUGCUGCUCACUAGUACAAUUAUUGAUGUCUUGCAGCUUUUCAGAGGUAUAUACAGUCCUCGGUAAAUAAUAAUAAUUUCACAAUAUGAUGUUUGUCUGCUCUAGCACAGUUUAGUUCCUUGAGAACCUGGCUUUCUGAAUCAACUGAAUACUUGCUUCUCCGUUCUUUGUUUCGCCGUUGCAUAGACAAAAAGCUUGCUGCAGGCUUUCUGUUCCUCCUGACCAGAAAAUUAAUUACACUUUUUUGAAAGAUAAUUCCUGUGUUUUUAUGGUGUGUAUGGACAGAAAUAAAUGACAUGAGUGGUGCUUUUCCAGAGCUGCAAAUGUCCAAGUGAAACAAGAAAACCUAAAUCCGUCAGUCGAACUAAACUAAAUAUUGCUCUGAAAAUCACCACUUCCACUCUCUAGUAAUCCUGGACUGGCCUUGAGCGUUACAGAAGGAGUAAAAAAGAUCGUUUUGUAAGACUGAACCUUCUUUUUUCUGUUGUUCCUUGUAGCAAAAUAUCUGAUAAUAUUUAAUGUGUGUGUGCAUAGAAGCUCUUAAAAACAAUCUGUGAUCUUAAUCUUCUCUAAAUCUCUGAAGCGUUGCUGGCAAAUUUUAAAUAAUUCAGUUAGUUUCUUUUUUCCUUUUUUUUUUUUUUUUCAAAUGCUUGUCAUGUAGAAAGUAUGAAGUUACAACUUGGAAACAAACAUUUGGAUUGUCAGCAGCAAUACUUCCUCAUGGGUUAAAAAAAAAUGUAAAUCUUCAAAAAACAUUUUGAUUAAACUAGUUCUUGAAAACCAAGCCACAAGCAUCUUCACUUAUGAGUCAAAUCAGGAUAUUAGAGUUCUUAAAGAAUAUAUGAAUCACCAGUUCACCUCAAUUUGGGUAAUGUUUUUUCAGUAUUUUACAUGCACCCAUCCCUCAGCUUUCUGACUGACACAUCAGAUUUCUCAAUGAAAAUUCUGUUUAUUACUUGUAAGAUGUUUAUAAACUCAGCUACCCUAGUGUGGUUCCAAAGACUAGAGGUUUCUUGGUUUAUUUUUUUCUUUUUGUAAAAUUAGCCAUUGAGUUGGUAAGAUUUGACUUCUUAUUUAUUAUGACAUGUAGCUGCUGACGUGUAUCAAUCAAAAAAGCAGGAUUCUGUUAGCUAUGAAUAUUUUACUGCAUAGCUUUGGCAAAAGUUUAUGCAUAGGCAUGUAAGUAUUUUUUUUCAUGAUAAAAGGUAUAUAGGGAAAGAUUGAAUCCAAGACAGAUGUUUUAUAUAUUGCAUACAGUAUGUAAGAAGAAUUAUGAGGUGUUCACCAAAAUGUCUUUCUCUUGGUAGUUCUCAUGCAAAGACUUCCCCUGCGUAUGCAAGUGGUUAUCUCCCUGCCCUUGCGAGCAAGGAAGGGAGUCACAGCUUCCAGAUUCUCAUUGCUCCAGGAUCCAUAGAAAGCUCCUUUUGGGUCUCGCGAGCUUCUCAGAGAAAGGGAAGAGCUGUACAUUGCCUAAGCUAUUCAGAGGAAAUUGAACCUACAUUAUUUAGGUUCAUGCUUGUGCAUUUAUUAGGUCCCUAGCAAAGGUCUUCAGUCCUGUGAAGAUCUGCUUUGCAAGGUGCCGGAAAAGAAAACGGAAAAGAAAGGUGCUGGAGCUGUCCCAGCGGGCAUACAAAGAAGAAUUGCAUGAUCCAGGACGGAAAAGACUUCUAGCAGUCACCUGGACUGUGUAGCCAGAAACACUGCUUCAGCAGCAGGAGAAGCCUUAUCUCCUAGCAAAAUGAUGAGUUCCCCUCACAACUUUAUUGCUGUUCCAAUACUACAAGGAGCUUUUAAUUUUUUUGAUUGAUUGUCCUUUUUUUAUUGCUCAAGUGCUGUGUGGCAUAUUGCUGGCUUUUGUCAUUGUAGCCUGUUUUGAAAGACUGACUUUUAUACUGCUUCAGACUUUCACAGCUAGAAGAAUUGCAGCAAUGUGUAAGCAAUAUACUAUAUAGUGAAUAUUGGCCCAAAUAAACUUGAGAAAAAAAUGGAUUCCACCUUAAGACAACAGGAAUCAUUCUUUCCUAAGUGGUAAGCUUCAGUGGAUGGGGAUGGUUAUUGCAUUCGAGAGGCACACGGGAGCAGGGCUUGCUGGGUGGGGUAGGGAAGAGGCGAGUGCCUCUGGCUAUUGGAGAUGAAGUACAUUAGUGGGGCCUGCGGGAGGCUUUAACCGGUGGGAGUGACAGAAGAUAACAGAUAGGCAACCCUGAGAGGUGUUGCUCGGUAAAAAGUUCCCCCAGGUCAUCACAUCAGUCAUUGUGCUGGACAGUCAGCUAGCGCGGCUCUGUAACACAGCAUGUGAGCUGGAACCUGGAGAUUCAGACAGAGACCCAGCGUGGAGAUCGCUGUUCCUAAACAUGGCUCUUAGCGAAGCUUGAAAGUAAACAAUAUCAAGUAUUAGAGUGGCAUGCAUUGUGUACAGCCCUUCCUAACUGUCACUUACGCGGUGGAAAGGCUGCCUGUCUGGCACAGUAAGGGACCUGAGAUGCUCUAACUUCUCGUUUUGGACAUGCUUUUACGUGGAGAGCAGAGUGUGCCACUGGCCAGUGCUUGCUCAUGUGCUGUCUGUUACUCACAUCUCCUCAUCGUCUGCUGGGCUCCACUUCCGCUGCUGAAACAUACCGGAGAUGGUCUUCAGUUUGGCAGGUAGCAGCAAGAAAAACUUUAUUAAUUCGUCAUGAAAUAGUAUUUCACAAACAUAAUUGCAGUUUGUCUUACCUGCAUGUAGCUUCUGUCUUCAUAAGGUUUUUCCAAUGUUUACUGUGUUGGGUCAAAACCAACCUAGGCUAAGCAAGUUCAUCGUCUUUGCAAUUUCUUUAAGCAAAGCACAGGCAAAACUAAUGAGGCGAUACGAAUAUCUUGAAAUUAAUAGUAGGCAACACUUUAAGUAAAAUACAGAAAACAGCAAUUUGAAUGAACUGCUCUGAAUAACAGUAGAGUAGCUUUUACUAAUUUGGUAGACAAUUCGGAAAAAGACCACAAGCAAAUAUUAAUGGGACCUAGGCACAUAUCUGGAGUUAAGCAGGUGCUUAAGUGCUUGGCUGUACAGAAAUGCAGUGAUUUAAUUAAGAUCUUGUUACGUUUGACAGGCAUAUCUGACUUUCAGGCUGGAGCGAGAGCAACGAGAAAAGCUAAUUCUAGUAUGUGACAGGAAUUCCUGCACAGCCUUGCAGUAAGGGGUUUGUAUCUCAUGUGAGAGGAUUUUAUGAGAAGAGUAUUCCAGGUCUGCAAAACUCUCUAGAAUUGUCCAGCAAAGAGAAGGAAGUGACUGUUUAAAAAAAAAAAAAAAUACUUUUUCCAACGUAAAAAAUUCAUAGACAAGGUUUUCAUAUGUUUUCUUUAAUGUUCAUCUGCUCAGUUAAGUGCUGGACUUCACUUUCUCUGCCACUCGACAGUGAAACGAGGAAUAUGCUCUUAGAGGUUUAUUUGCUUGGGAAUUUUUUCCAGUGAGGGGUAAGUUAUUUCAUGAUUUUUUUCAGGCUACAUAAUGCAGUGUAUCAGGUUUAGUGUAGCUGCAUUAGUACAAUGAGCUGAACUCAUUUAAUUGAUUCCAUGUGUGAUAAAUACCAGAUUAAAAUAAUCAGCAGCUCUUGUGUAUAACUUCCCUAUCUUUAAUGUUGAUAACAUCUUAGUUAAAAAAAAAAAAAAAAGUUUUUUUUUUAAAAAAA